AUGCAGCAGCCCGAGGAGGGCGCAACGGCGGUGGAAAAAGUCGUGGAUGAGGUCAUCACCGCCGAUCAGCCAUCGUCGACUGACAAGACCGAGAAGAACUACGACUCCGGCUCAACCUCCUCCGCAACAGCCAAGGAAAAUGGCAGCAAGACCGUGCUGGACUUGAAUGACGAUGCUAUCUUCGCCCAUCUCCCCGAGCAUGAGAAGGAGAUCCUCAAGAGACAGCUGGAUGCCCCGGAUGUCAAGAUCUCAUUUUUCGGCCUCUAUCGUUAUGCGUCGCACACGGAUAUCCUCAUCCUCGUGGUGAGCGCCAUCUGUUCGAUUGUCGCCGGUGCGGCCCUGCCCUUGUUCACGAUUCUGUUUGGCUCCUUGACCACCGCCUUUCAGCAGAGGUCGUUGAGGGAGAUCUCCUUUGAUGCUUUUUAUCAUGAACUGACCAAGAAUGUGUUAUACUUCGUCUACCUCGGUAUUGCGGAAUUUGUCACCGUGUACGUGAGCACCAUUGGAUUCAUCUAUACCGGUGAACAUGUGACGCAGAAGAUCCGAGAGCACUACCUGGAGGCCAUUAUGCGCCAGAACAUCGCCUACUUUGACAAGCUGGGUGCCGGUGAGGUUACCACUCGUAUCACGGCCGACACCAAUCUCAUCCAAGACGGGGUCUCGGAAAAGGUCGGAUUGACCUUGACAGCCCUCGCGACCUUCGUCACCGCAUUCGUGGUGGCCUACAUCAAGUAUGCCCGCCUCGCUGGUAUCUGUACCUCGACCAUUGUCGCACUUGUCGUGAUCAUGGGUGGUGGGUCUCGGUUCAUCAUCAAAUUUAGUAAAUUGUCGUUGGAAAGCUAUGGCGCGGGGGGCACCGUGGCCGAAGAAGUCAUUAGUUCGAUUCGCAAUGCAACCGCGUUCGGCACCCAGGACAAGCUGGCCAAGCAGUAUGAAGUCCACCUGCGGGAGGCUGAACGAUGGGGCACGCGGCUGCAAAUGGCACUGGGCGUGAUGGUCGGUGCCAUGUUCGGUAUCAUGUUCCUGAACUACGGUCUCGGCUUCUGGAUGGGAUCGCGGUACUUGGUGGAGGGCAAGGUCAACGUAGGCCAGGUCUUGACCAUUCUGAUGGCAAUUUUAAUUGGUUCCUUCAGCUUGGGCAAUGUCAGCCCCAACGGCCAGGCCUUCACCAACGCCGUGGCGGCUGCAGCCAAGAUUUUCGCGACGAUCGACCGUACCUCCCCGGUGGAUCCCACGUCGGACGAAGGCCUGAUCCUGGAGCACAUUGAUGGUCACAUUGAGUUCCGCAAUGUGAAGCAUAUCUACCCCUCGCGUCCGGAGGUGACGGUUAUGCAAGACGUUAGCCUGUCGAUCCCCGCUGGCAAAACCACUGCGCUUGUCGGCCCUUCGGGAUCAGGCAAGAGUACCGUGGUGGGUCUGGUUGAGCGCUUCUACCUGCCCGUUGGCGGUACGGUAUUCUUGGACGGUCAUGACAUUCAAACCCUAAACCUGCGCUGGCUGCGCCAGCAGAUCUCUCUCGUCCAGCAGGAGCCUGUUUUAUUCGGUACCACUAUCUACAAGAACAUCCGCCAUGGUCUGAUUGGAACUCCCCUCGAAAAUGAGCCUGAGGAGCGCAUUCGCGAGCUGAUUGAGAACGCCGCCAAGAUGGCGAAUGCCCACGAGUUUAUCACGGCCUUGCCUGAGGGAUAUGAGACCAAUGUCGGCCAGCGUGGAUUUUUGCUUUCCGGUGGACAGAAACAGCGAAUUGCGAUUGCCCGUGCCGUGGUCUCUGAUCCUAAGAUUUUACUCCUGGAUGAAGCUACCUCGGCCCUGGACACCAAAUCCGAAGGCGUCGUCCAGGCUGCGCUUGAUCGUGCUGCUGAGGGGCGUACAACUAUCGUCAUCGCUCAUCGACUGUCUACCAUCAAGACCGCGCACAACAUUGUGGUCUUUGUCAACGGUCAGAUUGUUGAGCAGGGUACUCAUGAUGACUUGAUCGAAUCUGAGGGUGCUUAUUCGAAACUCGUGGAGGCCCAACGUAUCAAUGAGGAAAAGGAAGCUGACGCUCUCGCCGAGGAGGAGUUGGAAGAUGAUUCUGACGAGGCUUUGGAAAAGGAGCAUGUCUCUAGGGUCAAAUCCGUUGCUAGUGGCACAACGAGCCUCAAGGGAGACGAAAAGGCUGCGGCUGGGAACUUGUUCCCCGAGGACAUUCGCCGGGCUGAUACUCGCAAGUCGGUGUCUAGUGUCAUCCUUUCCAAGAAGGGACCCGAGGCGAGGCAAAAGUAUUCUCUUUGGACCUUGAUCAAGUUCAUCGCUUCUUUUAACCGGGAAGAAUGGAAGGCCAUGGUCGUCGGCCUUCUAUUUUCAAUUCUUGCUGGUGGUGGCCAGCCCACCCAGGCUUUCCUGUAUGCCAAAGCGAUCAGCGCCCUGUCUCUGCCAAAGUCUCAGUACGACAAACUUCGCUCUGAUGCUAAUUUCUGGUCCCUAAUGUUUCUGGUCGUUGGUAUCGUCCAGUUCAUUACGUUUUCCUCCCACGGAGUCGCCUUCGCGUUCUGUUCGGAACGUCUUAUCUGCAAGGCUCGCAGCAAGGCCUUCCGGAUCAUGCUCCGUCAGGAUAUCAACUUCUUUGAUAAGGAGGAGAACAGCACAGGAGCUUUAACCUCAUUUCUGUCAACAGAAACCAAGCACCUGUCGGGCGUCAGCGGCCAGACUCUCGGAACGAUCCUAAUGACCUCAACUACUUUGAUUGCCGCCAUUGUGAUUUCCCUGUCUUUUGGCUGGAAGUUGGCUCUGGUUUGCAUCAGUGUGGUUCCUGUCCUGCUUGCCUGUGGUUUCUACCGCUUCUAUAUGCUUGCCGCAUUCCAGCGACGGUCUAAAGCAGCUUACGAAGGAUCGGCCAGCUAUGCCUGUGAGGCUACCUCUGCUAUCCGCACGGUUGCUUCCCUUACCCGUGAAUCGGAUGUCUGGGAUGCGUAUCACAGCCAGCUCGAAGAUCAGGCACGGACGAGCCUGAUCUCGGUUAUUAAGUCUUCCUCGCUCUAUGCUGCUUCUCAGGCCCUGGUCUUCUUUUGUGUCGCUCUUGGCUUCUGGUACGGCGGUACCCUCCUGGGCCACUUCGAGUAUGACACCUUCCGGUUCUUCGUCUGCUUCAGCGAAAUCUUGUUUGGUGCUCAGUCCGCCGGCACUGUCUUCUCCUUUUCCCCUGACAUGGGCAAGGCUAAGAACGCUGCUUCUGAGUUCCGCAUGCUGUUCGACCGCCGCCCGACCAUCGAUACCUGGUCUCAGGAGGGCGAGCAGAUUGAAAAUGUUGAUGGCGUCAUUGAGUUCCGAGACGUGCACUUCCGCUACCCGACCCGUCCUGAGCAGCCCGUCCUCCGCGGCCUGAACCUCAGUGUCAAGCCUGGCCAGUACAUCGCCUUGGUCGGCCCAAGUGGUUGUGGCAAGAGUACCACCAUUGCUCUCCUGGAACGAUUCUACGACGCCCUGUCGGGUGGCGUCUAUGUCGAUGGCAAAAACAUUGCCGAUCUGAAUGUCAACUCAUACCGCAGCCACCUGGCUCUGGUCAGCCAGGAGCCCACUCUGUACCAGGGUACGAUCAAGGAUAACAUCCUGCUGGGUAUCGUAGAGGACGAUGUACCCGAAGAAGCGCUGGUCAAGGCCUGCAAAGACGCCAACAUUUAUGACUUUAUCAUGUCGCUCCCCGACGGCUUCAAUACUGUUGUUGGCAGCAAGGGCGGCAUGCUCUCGGGUGGUCAGAAGCAGCGUGUUGCUAUUGCUCGCGCCCUGCUGCGUAACCCGAAGAUCCUGCUCUUGGACGAGGCCACCUCCGCCUUGGACUCAGAAUCCGAGAAGGUUGUCCAGGCCGCCCUGGAUGCUGCGGCGAGGGGUCGCACGACUAUCGCCGUUGCUCACCGUCUCAGCACCAUCCAGAAGGCUGACAUCAUCUACGUUUUCGACCAGGGCAAGAUUGUGGAGAGCGGUACCCAUGCCGAGCUGCUGCACAACAAGGGCCGCUAUUACGAGCUGGUCAACCUGCAGAGUCUGGGAAAGACUCACUAA